GCAGGUUGGGGCUCCCCCACGGCAGUUCCCUGCACAGAUGCAUGCUGGUCCUGACCGUCCUGCUCCUGCUGUGUGAGAUUGUUGUCAGCCGCCUCUGUGACUCCCUAAUCACCAUGGUGGACGUCUUCCACACCCUCUUCAUCCUCAUGCACAUGGCUCUUCCUCUUGCUCAACCCACCCUGGGCAGAGGCCCCCCCAAAACCGCCACCUGCCUCCCCUCUCUCCACCUCCACCUCCAUCACCUCCACCCCCACUCAGUCACCUGUCAAAUCUCCCCCAUAUGCCUUAACCAUCUCCUGUGUCUCCCCCAUCCCUUCCAGCUCAGCUUCCUGUCCCUCUCCUCCCCUCUCAACCCCUGUCCUCGCCACCACUUCCCAGUUUCCUUCCAAACCUCUCACCCCUACAACCACCCAACCUCCCUGUGUGGCCUGUCCUACAGUGAAGCGAGGGUCCAGCCCCUGGGGGCUCUGAUCUCAGCUCUCCUGCUGGCUGCCCUGUGUGUCUCUGUCUCUCUGGAUAUCCUCAGCCACACACUGCAGCCCCACCCUAUACAGCGCCCUCUUUUGGCCACGGUGAUGGGGGUUGUCAGCCUGCUCUACAACCUCCUGGUGCUGGGGCUCAGCUGGGGUAGCUGGCUUGGGACCAAGACUAGAUCUGCCUGGGAGGGGGAGGAGAGAUCUGUCCUUGGUGUGAAUGGAAAAGUCAAGGCCGAGGUCCAGACCAAAGACAGCACUGGAGUGGGUGGAGAGAAUGACCUCCGUAUCCUCACUACAUCUCUGGAUGGUGCCUCCCAAGAUGGAACACUUGUACUCUGUAACCCUGGAACCUCCAGUGUCCUGAACCCUGACAGUGACUCUCAGCACCCACCCCAGACAUCCCUACUCCGUACCGUGGCCCCUCAGGGUCCCCUUUCAGACCACUGCCAUGGAGCACUCACACCCCCUGCAGACUCACACACACUCCCUGCAGACUGCAGAACUGCAGAGACACCAAACAACUUCCCAAAUCCAGAGUCCAGUGGCUGUCAUCCAAAGUACCCCAACUCUGAGGUGUCUAAGUGUGUGGGACACAGAGAUAAUCAGACAGACCCCACCACAGUCUCAGCCCUAAAGUCAGAAAGCCCCACAAGGCUCAGAGUUCAACUUCCUGCCUUUCUCCCAUCCCUCAUCACCCUCACCCAGGCACUGCUGGGCUCCAUCCUGGCCCUCACCAACGGGCUUACCCUGCUACUCCUGGGCCCAGACUGCCUGCAUGGCUCUGGGGCCUGUGGCCCCUUCAUCUACCUGGACCCUGGCUUCUCCAUGGUGGCUGUGGUGGUGCUGCUGGCCACCGCUCUGCCCCAGGUGUGCCGUUACGGUUGGCUGCUGCUCCAGGCCAGCCCAUCCCAGGUGUGUGUGUCUGAUCUGGGCCGGCGGAUCGCCAGUGUGCCAGGGGUGCAGGCGGUGCACGACCUCCACGUGUGGCAGCUGACAGAGAGCUGCCUGGUGGCGUCUGUACAUGUCCACUGCCACGCUGGGUUCCAGAUACACAGGUGUGGUGAUCUGAUGUCGGGGGUCACCAAGGUGUUACAGAGUGUAGGUGUGAGCUGCUGUACCGUACAACCAGAGUUCGUCCUCUCCACUCCCUCAGCCAACGGCAACAUGGAUAACAACAACACCAACCACACCAUCAUCCAUAGGGAGAGUCCCCCACUGCCCUCACACCUGGCCUGCAGCCUGGCCUGUGGGAAGGGCUGUGUUGGGAGGAUGUGCUGUGCUCCUCUGGAGGAAGGGUCUACAGAGCCACUGGCACCCCCUGCUGGGGAAACUGAGGAGCCUCACGUGCUGAUCAUAGAGAACGCCUUUCUUUGAGGGAAGGACCUUUGACCUAGGAUGUAUCUCAGUACUGAAGAGUGGGCUCCUUGCCUUCUUUCCUUCAUAUGAAUGUGAUGUGAGAUGUUGAGGACUGAAGGCGAGUAAACCACUUUGGGAAAUUAAGAUACAGCCUGGGGAAUGAAUAUAAUAUAUUAAUAUUGUCAGAAUAUUCUGAAAGACUUCGUCCCCAUGUCAUUGAGGUCAUUUUAGAAAGCUAGAUAGCCUAAUGUAAGAAUUAGGCUCUCAGGUAAAGAGUAGA